AUGGGGUAUGAUGUAACCCGUUUCAUAGGGGAAUUGGAUGAAGACCUUAUCUGUCCUAUUUGUAGUGGAAUCUUGGAGGACCCAGUACAGGCACUUCAUUGUGAGCAUGCUUUCUGCAAGGCCUGUAUCAAUCACUGGUUCUCUCAGCAGCAUACCUGCCCAGUGGACCGGAAUGUUUUAACCUUCACCCAGCUAUGCCCAGUUCCUCGGAUAAUGCAGAAAAUGUUGUCAAAGCUGAUGAUCUCCUGUACCAAUGCUGUCUUUGGCUGCAGGGCUGUUGUCCAGCUUGCCAACCUCAAAACUCACCUCAGGGACUGUGAGCACAACCCCAAACAACUUGUGACUUGUGCAAUGGGCUGCAGCCUGGUGAUAGCUAAGGAUGAGCUGCCACAACACAACUGCAUUGAACACCUGCACUCACGAAUACAGCAGCAGCACUCACAUAUCUUAGAGUUGGAGAAGACCUCAGCAGAACAGAAACACCAGCUAGUGGUGCAGAAGCGGGACAUCCAGGCUCUCAAAGCCUACCUGCGUACACUCUGCAACAGUGAAACCCACCUUCAUAACCUGGAGGUCACAGUUGAACAUAAUGACAUUCUCCAGUGGGUGAACUCCCUGCAACCAGCAAAAGUCAACCACUGGGAUGGGGUAAUCUCGACACCAGAUAAUGCAAUUCAGGCUCUUAUCAAGCGCUCUCUGGUGGAUAGUGGCUGCCCAGCCUCUAUUAUCAACCAGUUGAUUGAAAAUUGCCAUGAGUGGAGCUGGCCCCAAGGCCUGGCCACGCUGGAGAUAAGAGAGCUGAACCAGCACUACUAUGAGAACUUUGUGGCCAGGCACAUCCCUGGCCUACAGGCUGUUGCAGUGAUGGCCUCUGAGAAUCAGCAUAUGUCUGAAAACAUGGUGCUGGAGCCUGGGAUAGUUAUGAUCUUUGCACAUGGCGUGGAAGACCUACUGGAGGCCUGA